AUGAGACUCCUCUGCCUGCACGGCGUCGGGAGCUCUGGCAGCAUCUGCGAGAAACAGUUCGCCGCCUUCGUCAAAGCCGCAGAUCCGAGCUACGAGUUCGUCUUCGUCGACGGACCGGUAGAAUCCGCAAGGGGGCCAGGAAUGGAAGCUUUCGACCAGGGAACUUUCUACUCCCAUACAGAAAGCUACACGCCAAGUCACAUGGCCGAGGCCAUAGAGAACCUGGAAGGUGUCAUCGAAGAGCUAGGUCCGUUCGACGGCGUCGUCGGCUUCAGCCAAGGCGCGGCCCUCGCUGUGUCUUACCUCUACGAACUACAACGGCGUGGCGAGCCGUCGCCUUUCGGCUUCGCCAUGUGCUUUUCCUCCGUCUUAGCCGUCUCCCCGCACGAGGGCUGUUGUGAGGAGGCCAUCCAACGGCUGCGCACGCGCGGGCUCGACCUGACGCCGGGAGCGGCGGCGGACACGUCGGCGCUUACGCCGGAAGAGCGCGCGCUCGCGGACGUGAUUACGAAAGUGCUAGUGCCGGCCAGGGCACACAACGCGAUGCUACCGGACUUCGACGUAAGCGUCUACACCAGGGCCGGGCCCGACCUCUCCGAGGCGCCAAGAGUCAUGGUUCCGGCGGUGCUAGAUCAGAGAGUCCAUAUCCCCACCGUACACGUGCUAGGGAAGCGCGAUGCAGAUUUCAUGCAGGGGAUGGCAACGAUAACUCGUGGUAUAUGCGAUGAGAAACUGAUGAAGCGGCUGGAACACGACGGGGGUCACUCACCACCACAGGGUGCCACCGCAGCCCGUGCAGCCGUCGCAGCCAUGGAGUUACCAGUGGCGAUCACAGCGGGCGGGACGGAGACAUCGGCGCAGCGGGCGGCGCGUUCCUUCGGAAAAUGGCUCAGCUUCACCCCGCUUAUCAGAUGGCACGAAACGCCGGGCUUUCCGCCUUAG